CAUUUGUCCGGACUAUAUCGUCGUUGUGGUAACGGUUGUGGCAGUCAGUCAAGAGGAAGAAGAGGGAGGACUACAAACAUAGUUUCAUUAAAUUCAUUUCAAUCGCAUUUAGGCGGUUGUCAAAAUAUACUAAACAAAAAAUAUUGCACGGUGUAGUAGAAAAAAAAAAAUUACUGCAACAAAAUGUAUGGACGACGUUCACUCGAUUUGGCCCUGGCAUUAAGUUGUUUGCUAACAUUUUCUGCCGUUGGAAAAGCACAAAAAGAAGAUUUCCAGUGUCCCUCCCACGUUGGUAAUGGCAAUUACGCUGACCCAGUGACAUGCAGGCGUUUCUAUCAGUGCGUCGAUGGCUUCCCCUAUCUGAAUCGUUGUCCAUCCGGACUCUUCUUUGACGAUCUUCAAAAGUUUUGCACUUUCAAGGAAGAAGCGAAAUGUGGUCCACUUCCUACAACGCCGCAACCAGCAACAGAUGCGCCGGCUGAUAUAGCGCAACGCUGCAACACCGAAGAGUGUCAAUUGCCAUACUGCUUUUGCUCAAAGGAUGGCACACAAAAUCCAGGCGGCCUGGAUGCAGAAAAGAUUCCUCAAAUUAUCAUGCUGACUUUCGAUGGUGCUGUUAACUUGAAUAAUUACGAUCAUUACCUGAAAAUCUUCAAUGGCAAACGCAAGAAUCCAAAUGGUUGUCUCAUUCGUGGUACAUUCUUCAUGUCACAUGAAUACAGCAACUAUCAACAAAUUCAACAUCUCGGCUAUGCUGGACACGAAUUCGCCACUGAAAGUAUCUCCCAACAACUGGGACUGCAAGACAAAGGCUACGAGGAAUGGGUUGGCGAAAUGAUUGGCAUGCGUGAAAUACUGAAGCGAUUCGCCAAUGUAUCCGUCAACGAUGUAGUUGGUAUGCGAGCGCCAUUCUUGAAACCCGGUCGCAAUACCCAAUACAAGGUUAUCGAAGACUUCGGCUAUAUCUAUGACAGUUCGAUCACAGUGCCACCAGUCAGUGUACCCAUCUGGCCAUACACGCUCGACUAUAAAAUCUCACACGAAUGCAAGAGUGGCACGUGCCCAUCGAAGAGCUUCCCUGGAGUUUGGGAGGUGCCGCUCAACACUCACUAUGUCGAAGGUUAUGAAGGCGGUCACUGUCCCUAUCUGGAUCAAUGUGUGCUUCACAAUUUGGAUGAGGAUGAGGUAUUCGCUUGGCUGCAAGAGGACUUCACACGCUACUAUGAACAGAACAAAGCACCCUACAUGAUGCCAUUCCACACGAAUUGGUUCCAGACGAAACCACUGGAAAAUGGCCUCCAUAAAUUCCUUGAUUGGGCACUUGAAUUACCCGACGUCUACAUUCUAACCAUCACUCAAAUGCUGCAAUACAUGACCGAUCCGAAAGAGUUACGUGACGUCAACACCAUCGAAGCAUGGAAAUGCGACAAAAGCGUCGCUGUUGCACCAAAACCAUGCAACAUUUGGAAUACCUGUGCGCUGCCCUUCAAAAUACCCGAACAGAAUCUAACGGACACACGCUACAUGGAGACUUGCCGCGAAUGCCCCAAUGUCUAUCCAUGGUUGGGUGAUGCUGGCGGCACUGGCAUAUCAGGACGUGACAAUUACAUUUUCUCUGGACCGGCGAACGCUGACGAGGAGAGCGAAGAUGCGGCCAGCGAUGAUGAAAAGUAAGAGCAACAACAGUGCGGAGUACCAGUGCAAGAUGAAGUUGAAAAGGUGCGCUAAGCUAAUAUAAGCUAAAAAGUUUGAUGGGUCAGGUGACAAGUGUCAACCGACAGCUGCUGUCAACUGUCAACUGCCAACUAAGUGUGAAGUGCCUUGUGUUUACUUUUUCAGUUUUACGUUAACUUUUGUUGUCUUCUAUAGAUAUUUUCGUUAAUUUUGUUUAUUUUGCAGCCAUUUAUAGAAUGUGCCAAUUAAUGCUUACAACUUUGUUUUUGUAUCAUUGUUAUUUUUCUCGUUCAUAUGUUUCGAUACCGUAGUAAAUUUUUUGUAUUUUUUAUAUCUCUUUUUUG